UGAGAGAACAAGAGCUGAGACAACAGUGUACCUAUUGCGAUGGUGACUACCGUGGACAGAGAAAAGGGCACUUCAUAUCACUGAAGAGCCUUUCACGUUCAGCUCUCCGUCUCCACCCACUGCCGACCCCUGCAGUAAAGUUGUAUGACUGUACAACAUGCUUACGGGUUUUGGGGGAUGCAAAUUAUCACAUGGGAACAGAGGAUAAUGUAUUCUUCAUUCACCUACACAGGAGACAGGUUGACAUCAUAAAACGGGGAAUGAAACCAUCUGCGGAGUAUCAAUUCAAAAAGGCUUUAUCUUCACUGAGAAACUCAGGUCGGGGUGCUCUGUUUGUGCAUGCUUGCCAAGAUAUAUUCAGAUCAGUUACGAAUGUAUUCCAAUCUACUGUUGUGCCAGUAUUGGACACAAUGUUAACUGACGACGAGACAAUGUCAGACGGCUUCAGCUGGCAUCCUGUAGAGAAUGAAGGAGGGCGAGUGCACAAAAUAGAUGUCUUGCCAUCCGACACGUUCAUUACUGUCGACUUGAAAACAAAGCUGCUUUGUUGGUGCCGAGAUAAACACUUAUCGGCAUCAUUUGAGAAAAUAAGGCCACUUCUGUUUUCUAAACGCAAUGUAUCAACGACAGAGCCCACUGUGCAAAGAUUGACUCAUAUGAACCAUGUUGAUGCUGUGAAGAUCUAUGUUGACAGAAUUGACAAGCAUGUCCUCCUGUCACGGGAUGCACCUUACCGUUCAGUAAGCGCAUGGGUCAAUCAUAUCAUCAAUGAUUGUUCUUUGCCGGAAUAUGUCACAUCCAUAUCAAAGAGAAAGCAGGGUGGGUCUGUAUAUGUUGGUCGGACAAGUACAGACAGCAAAGUUGAUAUGGAUGGAAUACCGUUUCCCAAGCAAGGGAGGAAAGAUGAAAUGCAGAGCAUGCUUGCAGAAGAACUGCAGAAAGAAAUAUUUGUUUUCAAGAACAGAUAUUCAGAUAUCGUACUAAACCCCAAAGAUGUGUUUCAGAUUGAAAUCCAUGACACUGGAACAAACACCGGCAUCAUUGAGGUCGCGGUGAGACCUGUUGAUGGAUGUGUGUUCACUGAUGCUUUAGGUCCAGUGUCCUUCAGAAUUGAAAACAAAUCCAUGGGCGAAAACCACUAUAAAACAUGUGUCAGGUUGCCCUUUGAUGAGUGGGUGGAAAUGGCCUCAGGCUGAGAUAUACUAUUGUCAUUUAUACCAAUGAUCUUUAAGGGUGAUUUAAGAUGGACUGAGUCCGUCACAUUGAAGCAUGUUAAAGUUUGUCACUCUGAGUGAAAUAUAGACAAGUAUCUGACCUUGUGUAUUGAGAGGAAGCAACUUGAGAUCUCCAUUAUUAAUAAAAGUUGAAGUAACAUGAACACUGAAUCAAUCUUACUGACGCCUUACCCUAUCAUAGACGUCCUUUCCGAGACUGACACUGCAGUAGAUACCACAAAGGACAUCAUCUGUACAAUGACUUGUUGAUAUUUACCUGUACUCCAUGAACUUAUUGGAGCAUACAUACUUGAGCCUUCCAUCUGCCAUAUAUACAGUUGGUGAUAUGUCCCAGAAGUGUAACUGCAUGUACAUGUGUGAAUGCAUAAGUUGCUGUCGUCACCAAUACAUGGAUGAGAUACCGUAGAUGCAACAUGAACAUUUAGUUAUAAUAUGUCAACAAACUAUUUCAUUUCAUAUCCUAGCUCUAACCCACAUGGGUACAAUGAGUGAAGCCCAUUUCUGGUGCCCCCCGCCAUGAUAUUGCUGGAAUAUUGCUAAAACCGACGUCAGUCUGUAAGUCCUAGCUCUCACCAAUAUAUAAUGUCUCAUAGUGACACAUAACCUUUGUUUUGCAUAGUGUAGGUCGUGUAUUGAGACCCAGCAGCUUUGGCAAUUUUUGGCAAUAUAUAUGUUUCUCGUUCAUUACAAGUUGUGUCGGAACACUGAAGCAAGUGACACGAGCAAGUACAGUGAAUUGUAAAUACGGACAUAUAUUGCAUGAUAUCAUUUAUUGUAGCCUAUCUAGAUGUGUAUUCCAUUGAUCACAUGUAUUUAGAUGGUCAUAUUGUCCUUGACGUCAGCUGUGAAUCUGUGAUUGUGUAACCUGUUGUCAUCGAUGAGAAACUUCUCUUAUAUUACUUAAAUUGUAAACAUUUUUAAAUAAUGUGGUUUGUGUCUGCUAUAAAACAUUGCAUACUUGUUUUUAUAUGUUUCACAUGAAAUAGCAGACCUUUUUAGAUUUAGUAGAACUUGACAACUGAUGAUAUCGGUGGCUAUUGUCUUGAAGUGGACUAAAGUAGUGUAAAAUGUCUGUGUCAUCAAUACGAUACACGAGACCACUUCUUUCAAAGUAUAUUCUUUUUUAUAUAACAAGAGUUCUGAAUGUCCUCAUAGAGCAUGGUCAACUUGCGAUAUUUUGCCUGUUUGUAUAUUCCGUUGCCAUUUUGUAUCUGGGUGGUGAUAUAUUUGUAUGCUUCAAUAUUGGCUGUAAUACAAUUUGUAGUUUAUGUAAUCAUAUUUGCGUCCUUAUCAUAUUCCCUUUUUAAUCUAGAGGUGUUUUUAUUGCAGCAUGGUCUGUUGUUUUAUUAUUAUUUAGUUUCACUGUUUUUCUAGACAAUCUGGAGGUGAUUUGUUUUCUUGGUUUUGGCUUGUUCUCUCUAUAUUGCUGAUUUAAUCUUAUACAUGUAUUUUGAUUCAUCCAACUCUUAUCUCUCUAAAGUAUAUCAAUGCAUUUGUCAAAACUGUGAGUUAUCACGUAGCUUUUGGAAUGUCAAUAAAAUUUCAAAACCCCAUGCA